AUUUUCCUCCUGGAACUUCCGGAUUGCGGCUGCUCCCGCGCUACUCAGCCAGUCUGGGUCUGGGUCUUGCGUUCCUAAAGGUAUACAAAAGCCGCUUCCAGAAGCUCCGCGAACAGGAUGAUUGAGUCCAAGACGGCGACGGGGUGGGGUUGGCUGCAGACAUCCUGACCAUCGAAAGUGUGCGGUAAUUGGAACUCUCUCAAACUUAGCCUGUCACCACAUUUGGUAUCUGGAAAUAUACUUGUGCUUCCUCUGUCCCGAUAGUUAUUCCCGGUAGGUCAUGGAGGGUUUGCCAAGGUCUUCCUGCUGUGUAAGAAAGAUGAAAAAAAUUGAAUUUGCAAAGCUAUAAUUCCAGAGUCCUCUACAUGUUUCCCAGAUCAGAGAAGAUGGAUACAUCUCCAAUGAUGUGUAGAGUUUUUUGAGCAGGAGAAUCCAGGACCAAGCCACGCCAGUUCUCUCAUGACGAACUCCAUUGGCCUUCCCUACCAGCUAUGCUUCCAACGUCACUCCUCUGUACUUUCAAGCACAGCAAAAAAUGAGAGUUGGUGUCGUUUGAGGACGUGGCUGUGGACUUUACCUGGGACGAGUGGCAGGACCUGGAUGAUGCUCAGAGGACCAUGUACAGGGAUGUGAUGCUGGAGACUUAUAGCUGCCUGGUGUCCUUGGGGUACUGCCUUACCAAACCUGAGGUGAUUUUCAAGUUGGAGCAAGGAACAGAGCCAUGGGCGUUAGAAGAACUCCCAAACCAGAGCCUACCAGAUGUCCGGAUAGUCAAUAACCUCAUGGAGAGGAGCCAAGAAAGUCAUGGUAGACAUUUGCGGCAAGUUGCAAUCACCAACAGUGACACCUCAAUUGAGGAAAGAGUUAGAUUAGGAAAAACAUUUAAUGUGAGCUUAAAGCAUAUUUCAAAUUUGAUUGUACAUAAUGGGAAGUUUUCAGAAAUGAGGCCUGUGGAGUUUAAUGUAUGUCAGCAUGCUCUUUUCCCUAGAGAGCCUGAUGAGAUGCAUACUGGAGAGAAGCCUGAUGUUAGUAAUGUAACUGGUAAGUCCCUGAGGUGUUGUGAGCAUCUUAGUGAGCAUCACAGGAAUCAGUCUGGGCAGAAGCAUUUUGAAUAUAGUGGACAAAGGAAUACCACCAACACAAAGGCCAUGUUAUUGACAUGUAAGAGGAUUCAAAUGGGAGAGACCUUCUGUAAAUAUAAUGAAUGUGAGAAAGCCUGUGAUAAGCCAGCUCUCAUUGCCCAAGGGAUAACUCAGGUAGGGAGGAUAACAUUUGAAUGUAAUGUAUGUGGGAAAACUUUCUCGAAAAAGUCUAACCUCACUAACCAUCAGAAAAUACACACAGGAGAGAAACCCUAUAAAUGUAGUGAAUGUGAGAAAUCCUUCUUCAUGAAAUCAGUCCUUGCUGUACAUCAGAGAACACAUACAGGAGAGAAGCCCUAUGCAUGUAAUGAAUGUGGGAAAUCCUACUGUCAGAAGUCAGGCCUUACUAUGCAUCAGAGAAUCCACAGAGGGGAAAAACCCUAUAAAUGUUCUGAAUGUGGAAAAACCUUCUGUCAAAAGUCAGCUCUUAUUAUACAUCACAGAAUUCACACAGGAGAGAAACCCUAUGAAUGUAAUCAGUGUGGGAAAACAUUCUGCCAAAAGUCAACACUUAUUGUACAUCACAGAAUUCACACAGGAGAGAAACCCUAUGAGUGUAAUGAAUGUGGAAAACUGUUCUGCCUUAAGUCAGACCUCACUAUACAUCAGAGAACUCACACAGGGGAAAAACCCUAUGAAUGUAAUGAAUGUGGGAAAACGUUUCGCCAGAAGUCAAACCUCAGGAUGCAUCAGGGUACUCACACAGGUGAGAAGCCCUACAAAUGUAAUGAAUGUGGGAAAGCCUUCUUCCAGAAGUCAUACCUUGCUAGGCAUGAGAGAAUUCACACUGGGGAGAAACCCUAUGAAUGUAAUGAAUGUGGAAAAACUUUUUGUGUGAAGUCAAAUCUCAGCUCACACCAGAAAACUCACACAGGUGAGAAGCCAUAUGAAUGUAAAGAAUGUAGGAAAACUUUCUACCACAAGUCAGACCUCAUUGUACAUCACAGAACUCACACAGGGGAGAAACCUUAUGAAUGCAGUGAAUGUGGAAAAAUGUUUUGUCUGAAGUCACUCCUCACUAAACAUCAGAGAACUCAUACAGGGGAAAAACCUUAUGAAUGUAAUAAAUGUGGAAAAACCUUUCGUCAAAAGUCACACCUCAGCAGACAUCAGAGAACUUACACAGGGGAGAAAGCCUAUGAAUGUAAUGAAUGCGAGAAAACAUUUUGUCUGAAGUCAGUCCUCACUAAACAUCAGAGAACUCACACACGGGGAAAUCCUUCUGAAUGUAAUAAAUGUUUGAAAACCUUUUCUCAGAAAUCACACCUCAGCAGGCAUCAGAGAACUCACGCAGGCAAAAACUCCUGUGUAACAGAAACUGGCUGUGUGUUCUCCAAAAAUCAUUCUCUUUUCUCUGGGACACAUACUUAGCCUGCAUUUAUCUGCCUCCCAUUAUUUUGUGCAGUACCAUAUAACUGAGCUCUGUUCAGUAGAGUAUGGACACAGGUGAUGAGCAUUACUUUCAUGCCUGGAAACAGGAAAAUGCCCACAUAGUCUUCUCUGAUUUCUCAUCCCCUCUGGGACUGAAGUGCAGAUGACCCCCAUGGUGGCCUUGGGAGCUGUAUUAUUUCUAUUUCUAUUGCUUAUAACAAAAUACCUGGAACUGGGUAAUUUAUAAAGAAAAUGAAAUUUGCUUA